GCAUUUUAUGAGUUUUUUCCAGUUUCAUUUCAGGUUUCGGAUUGUUAACAUCUCUCAAAAAAACACAAAAAAAUUUUAAAAAUUGUAAAAAUUUUUAAGGAAAGCCAAGUUAAAUAUUUUUUUCUAAAUUUGUAGCAAUGGAGUACGGAAAUAGUAUGCAAUACGAUGGUUAUAACCAAGGUGGUGAGGGAUUUGAAAUGUUCUACAACCCAACGAGCAAUGGAAAUGGAUAUAGCCAGCAGCAGAGUAAUUGCGGACAAGGGUCUACAAAUUUUAAUGGCGGUUCCGCAUCUCUUGGAGGUCCUGGGUACCGCAGUCCCUUACGAUACACAAAAAUGCUUCGUGAAAUGAACUCUCGAAACGGGCUUUACUCUCCAAUGGAACAGCAGCGGAGCAGUGGCCAAGGUGAUUACUAUAAUACCUUGCCUGGACUUGGCGGCUCAGAAGGUCAAGCUUACCAAUCGCGAGGCAAUGGAAACCCGUACUUAUAAAUUAUUAAGCCCAUACAGUUCGUAGAAAUUGUUAGUAAAAUUUUUUGGUAGCAAAGCAAA